UCUGUUGUUACAGUAUUUCUAAAGUAUUUUCAAAUUACUCCGUUACUAAUAAACAACACACAAGAAUGGCCAGUGCGUGUCUAAGGCAAGAUGUAGAUAGCCUAUACUUGUAAUUUAUUAAAAAUGUGAAUUCUACAUCUAUCUACAUUUUGCCUUAGACUCGCAUUGGCCAUUCAGUUUUAAUGAGAGUCCUACUUUAACUCUAAUGUUGCUAAUAAAUGUGCGGAAAACCAUGUUUCACAGACAUGUUUCUCUACACGUUGAAAGCACGUUCGUGAAGUAUUCCGGGGGGAAACACGCUUAAUAUUCAUAUUAUUUGGCCCUUGGAAAGUUUUACUGUUUCGAGAACGCGCUAUCGAAAUGCCUGGUCUGUGAAAAGACUCGGGAACGUUUAGCGGUAGUUUAUACGCUACGGGGGGAAAUCGAUCGGUUUCGAUAAUACAGCACCGCUACACAGCAGAAAUAUGUACAUUGUCGCCUAUGGUCGAUGAAGAACCGAUUUGUAAAGAUCCUGCGGGGCAUUCAAUGGCUUUAAUAUCCUCCGCGUUGACAAAUGAGGGUUUCGCACGGCAGGACGUCCGAUAGCCCGAUGCCACACGACGAAUUAUCUCACCUCCUCUUUCGCGCCGGUGUGCUUCCAGGCGAAUACCGUAGAUAAUAAUGAGUACGGUGACAAAGCACUACCGGCUACCCGCUUCAUAAGCUUUAUUCGUGUGAUAGAGUCUAUUUCACGAUCUAAUAUCGACGCGUAUAUGUAACGUAUUUUUGCAUGCAUGGUAUAAAUUUACAAACAAAUGGAUCUCGAAGAACGUUGUAAAUAUAUUCAACGAGAAAUAUCUUCGUUCAAUGUCAACUAGGCAUGGAAGACUAGUUAUGGAACUAUCUCUUCUUGCAGAUCAGACUAGACUUAAGAUGGUUUAAUAUCACACGGGCCCGUCGGCAAAUCACAAAAUCUGUAAUAAGAAAGCAUGACUCUUUUUUAUAAAAGUCAUACAAUUAUUUUUAUUGUAUUUCGUUAUUUUGUCAUUAGUGUACAUAUGAAUAUUUUACGCGAGCAGCGAUUAAAAUCUAGAAUGUCAUAAGUCUAGUCUGAUCUGCAAGAAGAGAUACUUCCACAACUGGUCUUCCAUGCCUAGUUGACUUUGAGCGAAGGUAUUCCUCGUUGAAUAUAUUUAUGACGUUCAAUACAAUAGCGGCAGUAUUAUCUCAGAAAAUGAAAGUCAUGAAAAUUUAAAUGAUUUUGACCUAUGUUAAUCCAACAUUGAAAAACUUUACGUGUUGUUUUUACAAUAAUCGAUAUCGAUGCCAGAUCUUUCCAGAGACGAAAGGAGUUCUCGUGGAAUUUUAUGCGAAUGAUGAAACGCACACACAGCUGAAAAAUUUGUGUUAAAUUUACCAGAUAUCACAUGUCCCAAACGGUCCACACAAAUUUUUGCGUUAAUUCAACAUAAUAUGGAUAUGUUAAAAGCUCAUAGAGAUACGUUACACAGAGCAUUUUUACAGAAUAUGCUCCUUAAUGUGACGUUCUUUUGUUAGCUCGACAUGUAACGAAAAUGUUUUACAAGGAGCCUCGAGGCGUAUCACACAGGCAAUUGCAAAGCAUAUUACGACGAUCAAACUCCGCCCUUUGCGAAAACGCCGCCUUCGACAUGCGCCGGAGGGUCGUUUGCGGCUGCACCGUUUCUUAUCCUUAAUCACGCGUUUAAUCUGUUCGGAGUGGUAACAUGUUACGCGCGUGAAGAGCCGUGCAAUUCGACACUUCUAACUCAUUUAUUUGCCCGUAAAAGCAAUUGCUCGUCCAACUUGACAAGUCAUCGAUAACAACAAAUUAUCGUGAUGUCCGUAUGGAACGUAACACAGAGUGCACCCUUAGACUUGAGUAGACGUGGGACUGCAUGGAAAACUGAUGUUAUUAGUACUUAUAAAUUUCAACGACGUCUCCCCUGUCAAACUUGCGGUAAAAGUUUUGACAGACCGUCCCUUUUAAAAAGACACCUGCGAACGCAUACAGGCGAAAAGCCACAUGGUUGCGCAAUAUGUGGUAAAAUGUUUAGCACAAGCAGUUCAUUGAAUACUCACGUUAGGAUUCAUACUGGAGAACGUCCUCAUGAAUGUCCAAUGUGCGGAAAGCGUUUUACAGCAUCGUCGAAUUUGUAUUACCACCGUAUGACGCAUUACAAGGAAAAACCACACAAAUGUGACGAGUGUGGACGAUCUUUUCCAACUCCCGGUGAUUUAAGGGCUCACGGGUAUUCUCACACUGGUAAUUGGCCUUUACGCUGUCCUGUCUGUAACAGGGGAUUUUGCAAACUCGGCGCCUUGCAUCAUCAUAUGAAAUCACACGGUGAUCGUUCUUACUAUGGUAUCUACAAUCAGAAACCUGCGGUCUUCAAUAAUUUACGAAUUCAUGAGCGUUUACAGAAUUCGCACGUGUUAAAUAAUAAUGCAGCUGAUUAUACAAGUAUACGCAAUGGUAUUUCAAGCGUAGAGAUUAUCAAAUUUGAAGGUUUCGGUAACAAUUACAUGCAAUUACCUACUAUGUAUCCAUGGGGUUCUCUCUCUUGGAUGCCAUUACAAUUCCAAAAUUAAUUUAUUUUAUUUUCUACAACUAGUAAAUAAACCAAAUCUUAUUUAUUAUAAACGUCUAUAAAAGUAGUGGUUAACAAAAAAUAUAUACAUAUUUAAUAUAUUUGUCCUCUUCAUGUAAAAGAAAUAUGUAAGUCAUAUAAUAAUAUGAGUAAUAAUAUUUCUAAAACUGGUAAUUAACUUUUUUAAUUUAAUCCAGUAGUUUCACGGAUUUUAGAAGUACAUUAUACAUCCUGUUCAAUAUUAAAUUUAAUAAUAUAAAGGAAAUCUACUGACACUUAAUUUUUCAGUUUGUUUUAUUUAAUGAUCUAACAUACAAACUUGCAUUUUAUAUUGCUCAACGAUUGUGGUUGAGUGAAAAAGGUAAUACAAUUUAUAAUAAAUUCUGAAUUUAUUACAAAUAUUAAAUACAUAGCAACAUAAUUUCAAUAAUAUAAAAAUAGCUUGUAUUUUCCGAAGUGUAUUAAUUUUCUAAUAUGGCAAGGAAUUCAAUAUGAUAAAUACGACUUAUUCAAUAUGGCAAAUAUAUGUAUAGUCUAUAAACCGUACGUAUACAA